UGCCUCUGAUCUGGAGGACUCACUAAACAGAGAACAUCCCUGGUCAUCCCUACUGCCUCUGAUCUGGAGGACUCACUAACCACCAAUGCUUCGCUUGUAAAAUAUGUCUGAGCGUUGGAGUGUGGCCCCCGUGGCAAUCCGUAGAAUAACAUAUAAUAAAUGAAAUGGUGCCGUCUGGUUUGCUUAGUAAAAGGAAUUUGAAAUGAUUUAUACUUUUACUUUCAAUACAUAAGUCUAUUUUAUCAAUUACAAUAACUUUUCCUAUUUAAGUAUUAUUCAAAACCCAAAUACUUUUAGACUUUUACUCAAGUAGUAUUUUACUGGGUGACUUUCAUUUUUACUCGAGUCAUUUUCUAUGAAGGUGUAUAUUUUUUUUACUAUGACUCAAUUAUGACGUUUGGGGACUUUAUCCACCGCGGGCUGAAUAUAGAAGAAGCCUGAUGGGUUCUAUUCUAUUCGUUCUCUUCUAUCAGUUAACGAGUUUAUAAGAAGCAAAGACAUAAAUAUGCGUUAAAGAAUUGCAAUGCAGGCCUAAAUUAAAUGGAAAUAGUUACACAUAGAAAUGGAGCUAGGCUAUUUUAAUUUACAGUAAAUGUUGUGUUCAAUAUGUUAUUCCAGCUACAUUCAUGUAAAUACUAUUUAUAAUAUAUUUAUAUUGGUGUUUCUCUUGUUUUUUUUUUUUUACUUUGAAAACUACAGCUCGUCGAAAAGGCCUCAUUAAAACGUGAACUUCAUUAAAACGCGUGCCAGUCAUUUAAAAAGAAAACGCUGAAACGCCGUAAUCCACCUCCGCUUCUCCCAACGACAAACCCUUCCAGUGGACAUCGGGAUUGGACUCGGUCAGCACCAGGUGUUAAGUCUAAAACAGGAUGUAUUAGGUAAGCCUACCUUCUAAGGCAGAACUGCAGGGUCUAUAGCUAGACAUUAUAUAUUCACCAACCCAAAGCCAUGUCUGCAGAAAAAUAAAAUAGGCUAAUUCCUCAAAUACAGAACACCUCCAAUUAAAUUAUUUCUAAUGAAUCAUUUCCAUUCUUCAUUUCGUAGCCUUUAUACCAGAUGCCAGGCUCAAGAAAAGAAGGGGAAAACGAUAACAUUCUACUCCCCUCUCUCUCUCUCUCUCUCUCUCUCUUCCCCUCCCCUUGAUGCAAUUGGCCCCUCGCAGGCACUCCUCUUGUCCAAUGGACGAGGGCGCACCAACGUUCCAUCCGGUCCGUGGAAGUUACAGGCGAGGCAGAGAGAGAGAGAGAGAGAGAGAGAGAGAGAGGCGCGCCGUGAAAGUCCCAGUCCAAUCCCCUCAUCAUCCUCGCAUGGAGCAAAUGGUGCGUGGAGCGUCAAGACGUCGUUAGGAAGAGAGAAAGAGAGUUCCAAGUUCCACUUCUAGAGCGCAGGGACAUUUGGUUCCAAAAUUCCUUGCGGGACAAAAGAGACCAUUUCUCUAAAAUGAUGAGCAAAGUGGACGCGUCAUGCAAGCCGACUGCCGCGUCUCUCAAAUUCACCAUAGACAAUAUUCUGAACCUGCAGACAUACUCGAGCCGUAACCACGGUAGGAAGACAGUUGACAGCAGUCAUUCCGGUAGCAGGCUGCAGAAUAGCACGGGACUGUACUGGUUCGAUGACCAUCAACGGAGAAUGGACCCCGCGACAAGGCUACACGAUGCAGAGCCGGAUAACAACUGUAGCCCAACCGGAGGACCCAAGGCCGUCGCUAUCACCCGGGAAGACUCGUUACAGAUCACCGACAAUUGCUUCGAAAGCGGGGACAGCGGCGACGACUGCUCCUCGACGCAUCACACCGGAGACGGUGAUAAUAGCAGCGGGAAGAAAAAACAACUGUUAAUAAACAAGAAAAAAACUCGCACAAUCUUCUCCAAGAGACAGAUCUUUCAGCUGGAAUCUACUUUCGAUACGAAGCGGUACCUUAGCAGCGCCGAGCGCGCCUGCCUCGCCAGUUCUCUCCAGUUAACGGAAACGCAGGUCAAAAUCUGGUUCCAGAACCGAAGGAAUAAAUUGAAAAGACAGAUUUCAACAGCGCUAGAUGGUCCCAACGGUGAUUUCUCCGACGCGGGUCCGGGGAAGGCUCUGCAGCUCCCGGCCAUGUACAAAGACAAUAACCUGCUGGGAAGAUGCUUGAUGCCGAUGCCCCUGCCCAUCGUAUACCCUGGCAGUAGCACGCAUUAUUUAUGUUUUUCCAAUACCAGCAAGUACUUUAGUCUAUUCGAAGGAGACGUUGUCCUGUAGUAGACAAGGCCGAGUCUGCUUAAAGGAGACGUAGUCCUAUUUAAACCCGGCCUAGUCUGUUCGAAGGAGGCGUAGGGUUAGUUAGCAUCAUCGCCAAAAAGACAGUUUACAAAGUGAUAUAUCAUGCCAAUUUCAGCUUCCGCAUUUAGCAUUCCCCCCCAUCAUCAUCGUGUUAAAAAACGUAAGGUCGAGUCUGGCCCAUGUAGGCUUUUAAAAAGGCUACUUGUAAGGAUAGCCUAUUGACCUCAGGCCUAGCUCAAUCCCACUUGUCACAUCGAUAGCCUGCGCCAAUUGUAUUUACUGACACACAUCAACAAUGUUGAUAUAAAACUCAAGAACGUAUUUGCAGGAUGUCCUAUCACACAAAGACAUGCAGAAUAACUCCAUAUUGAGUUUUAUGUUAUAAUAAUAGAUAGUUGUUUCUGUUCGCAGAGUACCAGCGUAGGCCUAAAACCGUGGGUCUAAUAUUCAUUUAUUAAAUUAUUAUUAUUAUUAUUAUUAUGAACCUGUUAUUAACAACAGCUUUUCCCAGCAGUCUAAACACGGCCAAAGAUGCUAUUAUAUUUGCAUGCAUGUACUGUAUUAUAUUUAAUUUUCAAUUCAUUAAAUUAACUAUGUAUUUAAAAUGAAUGUAAUUAUUAUUUUUUAUUUUUUUACGACGCAUGUUUAAACUUUAUAUCAAUUAUCAUUAUAUACAUUCAUUGUAUAACAUUCUUAUUUCUUCCCAACACUAUAAAAUUGACUGAAUCUGUCAUUAAAAAAAAUGUAUAUGUAUAUAAUGUUUUUAUGUGUAUAUAACAAAAACAUCGUUUGGUACAAAGGCUUAUGUAAACUAUGUGUUGCUGUGCUGCGCCUUAAAGCCCUCAGUUGUAGGAUAUAUGGGGAACGGAUGUAUAAAUACAUUUUGGAGUUGUUUUAAAAACCGUAUUUACUCUUAAACACCGUUUAAUGUAGAGAUGUCAAAAAUGUCACACAAACAAUUAACAACACGUCUGCUAACUAUUAGGACGGUUCCAGAAACCCGUGAUGAAUGUGGCGUUUUUCACAAUUCUGGUAUAGAAACACAGAAUUCACAUUUCAUAAUAAAUAGUAUGAAACCGAAGACAAUAGGCUUAUUGUUGUAACACGCUUGGCGUGUAACUAAUCUCAAGGCACAGCAUGUGAAUCUGAUUAUCGCCAACGACGAGAGAGAGAGAGAGAGAGAGAGAGAGAGAGCUAAUCCUGCUUUGUGGAAUAUCACUGAUUGCAGUCAAGUGCUUUAAUUAAGAACCAGGCUUCUUAAGAGAAAUGUAUGUAAGCUUAUCAUAAAUACGUUGUAAAAUGUUAAAACGUUCCUUCUGAAGUAGGACGUAUGUAGGAAAGAUUUGUGGCAAAAGGCCUGUGUGCCUAUUGUGGUCCUCUGCUUGCGCACAAUAUUUAACACUUGACCUAUACUUUGGGAGUAUUUACCCAGAAAAGUACCCCAUUACAACUCGUAUAUUGCAAGGACUAUUGGCUUUGGAUUCUGCAAUGGCACAGAUAUAGUCUUAACGCGUCACGGUGUAUUCCGCCCUCCAAUUAUACUGCCUUACGCUGUAAACUAUUCUACAAGGAGAGUAGGCUAAAUUCAGCGAAAACAAUAUGGCCUGUAUUGAAUUCAUUUGACAUGUACAAUGUGCCCGAGUGAAGCCCCAUAGAUGCACUUUUUAUGCACAAACAAAUUGGCUAAGUUUAAU